CGGUGCUGGGGAAAGUAGGGACGGGGGCGGGGAGAAGGAAAGCAGGUCCGCUGUGAAGGGAGAGGGAAGAAGAGUUGGGGCUCGGGCUGCCGAGGCUGAAGAAGUUGUGGGCGAGCGGUGCACGGAUCAAACACACUCACGGCGGGUCUGGACCCAAGGCCGGGGCUUGACUAGGAAUGAGAAUUGAGGAUGUGCGAGGUGUCACCCAUGACCCGCAGCACUUAGCCAUGCUGCCCUCCACGGAGUCCCCAUUUGUCUCUGCGAGACUGGACAUUUUCUUCCUUUUGUGAACAAGAACUCUGACAACACAGUGAAAAUUCCUGUCUUGGGAUUGCCUGGAUGGCGGGCAUGGUGCUGGGAGUGGGUGCCGGCGUGUUCAUCCUAGCCCUGCUCUGGGUAUUGGUGCUGCUGCUGUGUGUGCUGUUAUCCAGAGCCUCUGGGAUAGCUAGGUUCUCUGUCAUUUUUGUGUUCCUCGGUGCUCUGAUCAUCACAUCCGUUCUGUUACUCUUUCCCCGAGCCAGUGAAUUUCCAGCCCCAGGAGUCGAAAUGAAGAUUGUGGAUGCCUUUUUCAUUGGGCGCUAUGUCCUGCUGGCUUUCCUCAGUGCCAUCUUCCUUGGGAGCCUCUUCUUGGUUCUAACUCAUCAUGUCCUGGAGCCGGUCUUUGCCAAACCACUGCGGUCCUCCUGAGCACUGUCCAGGAAGCAGAGACCCUGGCCCCCUGUGCUGCAUGUGGAUGCCAUCGAUGAGCCGAAAGUCACUCUGAAGAGCCUUGUUUUUACAGCCUUCAUGUCUUAAGAGCAGGGGAGAGUCCAUCUUCACUUAGAUAACUGUGGUGAGCCCUAGACUCUAGAAACGGGGUUGUAAAAUUGUCCCUGUGGGGCAGAAUCUCACCUGCUUGUUGUCAUCUUACUAUCUGUACUUCAGGAAUUUCAUCUGUUUGGAAAGGGAAGCAGUCAUCUGCUCAGAGCAGAUUUUCAAUAGCUACUAGUAAGUGGAUUUUGGAGUACUUUGGCUUCUGCUGUCUAGUAGAAGAAUCUGGUCCUUUUGGUAAGAGUGUGUGAAUUUUUUUUUUGUACUGAGAAAUAAACCUGAGGCCUUCACACUGAACUACAUCCCCAGCUUUUUAUUUAUUUAUUUAUUUAUUUUACUUUUUGAAUUUUAUUUUUGAGACAGGGCUUGCUAAGUUGCCCAGGUGGGAAUUGAACUUGCUAUCCUCCCAACUCAGCCUCUCAACUGCUGGGAUUACAGGUGCAUGUGAGAUUCCUAAUGAUGAAGUUAAACUCACUUAGAAAGGAAAGUACUCAAAUGUUAAAGUUAUUUUAAUGUGAUAAUUUGGAAGGCUUAUUUAGAUGUUGUUAUCGACCACUUUGCAUAUAAUUCCACGGAACUCUAUAAAGGUAAUAGGAGUCACUUUCCCUUUCUCUAAUAAAGCAAUAAACAACACCCAA